AAAAAAAAAAGAGAACCAUAAACUUGAACCCGAACCCACCGGAUCUGGGUUCAGCAACUUUUGUUUCUCUCUCGCAUAGUUUACAAACCUCUCCAAAACCCCAACUUUCCCUCUCAUUCUGUAGUUUCACAGGCUCUGAGCAGGAAAAAAUGUUCUCUCCAGGAACAAAGAGGCCGAAUCUAGGGCACACGAGGCAGGGUUCUCCGGCAACUCCUCUUGCCGAGAAUCGCCGCUUCGAUUUCGAUAAUUCAGUGCCUAACCGCCCCAGCACCGGCACUCCAGCUCCUUGGGCUCCUCGACUAUCUGUACUCGCCAGAAUUCCAACAGUGAGCAAAAAUGAGAAAGGGGAGGAGGUUGAUCCGAUUAAGCCUGUAUAUGUUGGAGAAUUCCCCCAAGUGGUGCGUGAUGAGCAGACCAGUUUGCUGCAGAAGCGUGUUCGUGGUGAUGCGAGCGUAUCUGGUGGAAUGGAAAAAGGAACAUCUCUUGCUUGGAUUAUAUGUGGUAACAGACUAUUUGUUUGGAAUUACAUAUCUCCUGCAACUUCAAUGAAAUGCGUUGUUCUCGAACUCCCUUCACACGUUUUAGGCAGUGAAGAUAUUGGCAGGAAUGAUGGUAACUGUUGGUUGCUUUGUGUUGUUGGUUGGGAUAGCACAACUGGGAGAAAGAAGAAAGCUGUAAAAAAUUGUAACUCUGCUGGUAUUGUAUUGUGUAAUCGAAAAACUCGUGCUGUUAUAUACUGGCCCGACAUUUACUCUGAUGGGGAGAAUGUUCCAGUUACCAGUUUUGCAACUUCUGAUGAAUCAGAGGUUACUUCCUCACCUGCUAAUGGGAAGACAACCCCCAAUAGGAAGCAACAGUUUAGCAGGCACAGGGGUAUUUUGACUGGAUUGUGUACGUUUAACUCUUUGAUUGCGUCUGCUGUUCCUAAUUCCCAAAAUGUAUGCAUUGCAUUUGCAUGUAGUUCAAAUGGUGAGUUAUGGCAAUUCCACUGCAGCUGUUCUGGCAUUGACCGUGUCAAAGUAUACCAGGAUACUCCAAGUAUAUCCUUCCAAGGUGGUGAUAGUGGUCAAAUUGUACGUAGCAAAGGGUAUCCAAGGUCAAUGAUCUGGUCUAACUCACAUUUAUCUGCACAGGGGUCCAACCGGCGGUUUUUUCUUCUCACAGAUCAUGAGUUACAGUGUUUUAGUGUUGGGUUUUACCCUUAUAUAACUGUGUCAAAUGUCUGGUCUCAUGAAAUUAUUGGCACAGAUGGUGAUUUGGGAAUCAAAAAGGAUCUGGCUGGACAGAAACGAAUUUGGCCUCUUGAUGUGCAGGUAGACAAUUAUGGUAGAGUUAUUACUAUUCUUGUUGCUACCUUUUGUAAGGAUCGGGUUAGCAGUUCAAGCUACACACAAUAUUCUCUUCUGACCAUGCAAUAUAAAUCUGGGGUGAUUGAAGAACCUACUCAUGAAACGGUUUUAGAAAAGAAAGCUCCUAUCCAAGUGAUAAUUCCAAAAGCAAGAGUUGAAGAUGAGGACUUCCUGUUCUCCAUGAGACUUCGCGUAGGAGGCAAGCCUUCAGGCUCAGCAGUUAUACUUUCUGGUGAUGGAAUGGCAACAGUAUCCCAUUAUUACAGAAACUCUACAAGGCUCUAUCAAUUUGACCUGCCUUAUGAUGCUGGAAAAGUUCUAGAUGCUUCAAUUCUUCCUUCCACCAAUGAUGGUGAAGAAGGGCCAUGGGUUGUACUGACUGAAAAAGCAGGAAUAUGGGCAAUACCUGAGAAGGCUGUUAUAAUUGGUGGUGUUGAACCACCUGAACGAAGUUUGUCCCGCAAAGGCAGCUCAAAUGAAGGAUCUGCACAAGAAGACAGAAAAAACCUUUCAUAUUUGGGCAAUAUUGCUCCUAGAAGGGCUAGCUCUGAAGCAUUUGAUGCCAGAGACAGACAAAAGGCUGUUAUGAACAUGAUUGCACAUCGAAAUGCUCAAGAUGAAGAAUCAGAGACCUUACUGGGUCAACUUUUUCACAAUUUUCUAUUGUCUGGGCAGGUUGAUACCUCGCUUGAAAAGCUUAAAAACUCUGGGGCAUUUGGAAGGGAUGGAGAAACAAAUGUUUUUGCAAGGAUGAGCAAAUCAAUUGUAGACAGUUUAGCUAAACACUGGACAACAACCAGGGGAGCUGAGAUUUUGGCUAUGGCCGUUGUCUCCUCCCAACUCUUGGAUAAGCAGCAGAAGCAUCAAAAGUUUCUCCAGUUUCUUGCUUUAUCUAAGUGCCAUGAGGAGCUUUGUUCAGAACAGAGAUAUUCUUUGCAGACUAUCUUGGAGCAUGGUGAAAAGCUUGCUGCAAUGAUUCAGCUAAGGGAAUUGCAAAACGUUAUUAGCCAGAAGCACUCUUCUGGAGUUGGCUCCUCCCAUUCUAUUUCAGAAAGUCAAACAUCAGGUGCAUUGUGGGAUCUUAUUCAAUUAGUUGGUGAAAGUGCCCGAAGAAGUACUGUUCUUCUGAUGGACAGAGAUAAUGCUGAAGUAUUCUACAGUAAAGUUUCUGAUCUUGAAGAAGUAUUUUAUUGCUUAGACAGACAGCGAGAGUAUAUAAUAGGCAUGGAACAGCCAUUAGGAGUUCAGAUUCAGAGAGCUUGUGAACUGUCAAAUGCAUGUGUUACUGUACUACGCACAGCCAUGCACUACAAAAAUGAGCAUCAUUUGUGGUAUCCACCGCCGGAGGGCUUAACACCGUGGUAUUGUCAACCUGUGGUACGCAACGGGAUGUGGCGCAUUGCUUCCUUCAUGCUUCAGCUUCUAAAGGAAGCAUCCAAACUUGAUAUGUCCGCAACAUCAGAUCUUUAUACUCAUCUAGAAGAGCUGGCAGAAGUUCUACUUGAAACUUAUGCUGGUGCAAUCAUAGCUAAAGUUGAGAAUGAACUUGAACACAAAGGCCUGUUGGAAGAGUAUUGGAAUAGGAGGGAUGCACUUCUCGACUCGCUUUAUCAACAUGUCAAAGAAUUUGUGGGAUCUGGGCACCAGGACUUAAGUGAAGGAACUGAUGUGCAGAAAGAAGAAAUUCUAAGGAAGCUUUCUUCACAAUUGCUAUCCAUUGCAAAGCGACAUGAAUGCUACAAUACUUUAUGGAAAAUAUGUUGCGACCUUAAUGAUUCAGAACUACUUCGAAAUCUGAUGCGUGAGAGCAUGGGACCUAAUGGAGGGUUCAGUUACUUUGUGUUUAAACAACUGUAUGUGAGAAAACAAUUUGCUAAACUCCUAAGGCUUGGGGAAGAGUUUCCAGAAGAGCUAUCUAUUUUUCUAAAGCGUCACCCGGACCUACUUUGGCUUCAUGAACUGCAUCUUCAUGAUUUUUUCUCAGCUGCAGAAACUCUUCAUUCGUUAGCUCUUUCUCAAGAUGAAAGCUCACUUUCAGAUGCUGAAGAGGAGACACACCCUCACAGUGUAAAUAUGGUACCAAAAUUAGUGGACAGGAAGCGUCUUUUGAAUCUCUCAAAGAUAUCUGCAAUAGCAGGUAAGGAGGCUGAGACCAAAGUGAAGCGAAUUGAAGCUGAUUUGAAGAUUCUUAAAUUACAAGAAGAAAUAUUGAAGCUCUUUCCCAGUGAAAAAAAGCAGAGUAUUGGAGAGCGGCUCCUCCAUCCAGAAGAACUUAUCAAGUUGUGCCUUGAACAUAAAAGCCCAGAGCUUUCAUUAUGGGCAUUUGAUGUGUUCGCGUGGACUAGCUCCUCCUUCCGUAAGACCUAUAAAAAGCUUUUGGAGGAUUGCUGGAAGAACGCUACUGAUAUUGACAAUUGGAGUAAACUGUAUCAGGCAUCAAUAACAGAAGGAUGGGCUGAUGAGAUAACAUUGCAGAAUUUGAAGGAAACGGUGCUUUUCAGUGCUUCAAGUAGGUGUUAUGGACCACAAGCAGAAAUUUAUGAAGAAGGAUUUGACCAAGUGUUGCCGCUGAGACAGGAAAUCUCGGAGCCUCGGAGUCUGAAGGAUUCUGGUUUGUCUGUGGAGUCAAUACUGAUGCAGCAUAAGGAUUAUCCAGAGGCAGGCAAAUUGAUGCUGACUGCAAUCAUGUCGGGGAGCUUGCAGGAUGAUGGUGGCAGAGAAGAAGAGGGUCCAAUUCCAAUGGAGUGACAUCAAGAAGAAUGGUUCUUAGCAAUGACUUCUUGGAAUCUGUCGCUAAUUCUUUAUAUAUAUAUGAUUGUAAGUUUGUAACAUCACUAGGUUUCUAGUCUUGAUGAGUUUUUCACGUUCUGUUACAUCAAAUCUGUAUCUCGACAGUAUAGUUAAUGAGGAUUAUAUUUGUUAAUUCUUAA